AUGCAGAAGAGGGGGGAAAAUCUCCAGUCUUUGUUGUGGCUUGUGCGCUGCUGAUGACCUUCACCUGGGAAUGAUCAAUAAUCAAUCAGUAAUUAUUGCAUGUCACGUUGUCCUUCCGAUCAACCCUGAAUCUCGGACAUCGAGUGAUUUUAUCGAAUAAUUACUGACAUUUGAAGGCCCAUAACCUCUAAAAUGGCUCACUGCUAGAUAAAAAUGAAAUAGGGCGGAAGUUUACAGAAUUAUUCAUCAAUUGAGUGAUUUAUUCGUCAAUUGAGGGAAUAAAUUUGGCAAGAUGCAUAGGGUUGACAUGAAGAUUGUCCUCCUGGGGCAUGGGGCUGUGGGGAAGACCAGUCUCAUGGAGAGAUUUGUUAACGAGAGGUUUAACGAGUCACUGAGUUACCAAAACACUAUUGGAGCAGCAUUCGCAUCUAAACAAAUUGAAGUUGACGAUCAGAAACUAAUUUUAGGAAUUUGGGACACUGCUGGCAGUGAGAGAUAUGACUCAAUGACAAAAAUCUACUAUCGUGGGGCACGAGCAGCAAUCGUCUGCUACGAGAUCUCCAACCAAAAUACUUUCAAUCGAGCCAAACACUGGGUGAGAGAACUCAGAAGUGUUGAAGAAAAAUGCAAAAUCUACCUCUGUGCCACGAAGAACGAUCUGGUGGAAAUGGGACACGAACCCGCCCCCAGUUUGGAUACUGUGGAAAUUUAUGCCUCUGGAAUACAGUCGAAGUUGUAUAUUACGUCUAGUAAAACUGGGGAAAACAUUGCUGAAAUGUUCCGAGAGAUAGCGCAGGAUUUUCUAUCGGAUCCUAGUAAUCGAGAGGAGCUCAAACAAGAGUUGAUAAGUCUCUCUGUAAAUGAUAAGGGAUCUUCCUGCUGUGCCUUCCUCCACCGGAGAUAGUACUCUCAAAAACAACUCAAGAAAUCCAUCUUUUUAUUUGCCAUAAACAAACGUGUAACGAAAUAUUCCUCUCAAAGCAGGAAUUAAUUGAAGAAACUAAAAAGAGAAAUUAAUGGCUUGCGUAAAGGUGUGCUACUGCGUCUAUUUUCAUAAACGAUCAAUCAUGCUGAAGCUUUAUUUAUCAAUUACUUAAGGAUUAUGUUUAAUUUUGUGCUCAUACGAGUAAAAAGGCUGAAGACAAUGAGAGAUAAUAUUUUUAUUACGCAGGAUAGAUUUAUUGGAAAUGUUAUUUACAAAUAGAAAUUUAAAUAUCAAUAAAGAUUUUAUAAAAUAA